AUGGAGGAUUGUGUUUACUUUGAAUUCAACUCUUCGAACCAAAUUAUAUUGAAGGACGAAAUUGAAGCAGCUGCCACUCCAAUCACCCUUAUCUCGCUCUCUUCACUUCUUAAAAAUAUGGCAACUCCCGUAAGGUUCUCGAGCUGUAGAGGCGUUGCCUUUGAAGUGAAAGCUGAGGAACAUCAACUCUCCCAUCAAAGUAGUGUCUCCUUUACAACAUUCCUUUCAUCUUCAUCUUCACUAAGAAGAUCACUGAGCAAACCAAGCAGCCAUUUCUGUGACAUUGACCCUGACCAACAAAAACUCCAACCCCUCUCUGACGAAGACGAGAAUGAGAUGCAAUCACUCGAACAAGGACACUACGUUCCACCCCCACAAAACCCCUCUCCCCCUAACCCAAAAUCAAGGCUCUCCGUCAUCCUCCUCGACCAAGGCCUCUUCACCCUCUACAAACGCCUCUUCAUUCUCUCUGUUUCAUUAAACAUAACUGCCCUCAUUCUCGCCCUCACUCGCAAUUUCCCUUAUGCAAGAAACAACCCUGCUCUGUUUUCAAUCGGCAACAUAUUCAUGUUGUGUCUUUGCCGAAGUGAGGCGUUUUUGCGUGUACUAUUUUGGUUAAGCGUCUCAAUUAUUGGAAGAUCAUGGGUCCCUCUCUGUGUCAAAACCUCCCUAACUUCUCUCCUACAGAGCUUAGGUGGCAUCCAUAGCGGCUGUGGAGUUUCCUCCAUUGCAUGGCUUGUGUACGCAUUAUUAAUACAGAUUCUCAAGGACCCAGAAAACGCGUCCCCAGCCAUCAUUGCAGUUGCCUCAGCAAUUCUAGCCCUUCUAUGCCUAUCUUCAUUAGUCUGGGCCUUCAUUAUUUUAAAAUUGACUUACGACCCAAUUACCAAAUCAUACACUAACCACCUCGGUUCCCGUUUGGUUAAGAAUCAGGAAUUUUGGUUCACAGCCGCAAUCACUUUCCUAAUUAUUCUCCCCUGGGUUACGGUCAGGCGCGUUCCUGUUCAAAUCUCUGCCCCUUCCGGACAUGCCUCGAUUAUCAAAUUCAACGGUGGGGUCCAACCUGGGUUAUUGGGCCGAAUCAGCCCAUCGCCGUUAUCAGAAUGGCACGCAUUUGGGAUCAUUUCCGAUGGCCAAAAAGAGCACAUGAUGUUAGCCGGAGCAGUCGGCGAUUUCACGAAAUCUUUGGUGUCGAACCCACCGACCCACUUGUGGGUCCGUGGGGUCCACUUCGCCGGACUUCCUUAUUUGGUGAAUAUGUACGAGAGAGCUCUGGUGGUAGCGACGGGAUCUGGGAUCUGCGUGUUUUUGUCGUUUCUGAUACAGAGAAGUAGGGCUGACGUGUAUUUGGUGUGGGUUGCCAAAGGGAUCGAGGAGAAUUUCGGUAAGGAGAUUAAGGAGAUGGUAAACGGGUACCCGAAGGAGAAGGUGAUAAUUCACGACACGAAGGUUUCCGGGCGGCCAAAUGUGGCGGAGCUGACAGUGAAGGCGGCCGGAAAAUGGAAAGCGGAGGUGGUGAUUGUUACGAGUAAUCCGGAAGGAAGUAGAGAUGUGGUGAAUGCGUGUAAGAGGUCUGGAAUUGCGGCUUUUGGUCCGAUUUGGGAUUCCUGAAACAUGGAAGGAAACUCACAC